GGAAAGAGUACCGCAUCUGUACUCUUGCCAUGUCUGAAACCACGCUUCACAUGCCUCAAAAUGGUCGCUUAAUCAAUUAAUGAAGCAAUUAGAUGCACAAGUUGAAGAAACCCCCAAAAAUUUUCAUCGUCUUCCUCUGCAAAUCCACCCUCUCGCCUCACCAAUCCGAAGCAAGUAACCGCAUUCAACCAGAUAAACCCAUGAUUGGUGUUCGUUGCCGGUGUGAUGGAAUUUAGUGCCAGUUGGACUGAAGAACUGUGUAUUAUAUCAUUUUUUAGAUCUUUGGAUCGCCGCUCUGUUUUUUCAGAUUUGAAGUUGGUGAAGUUGAAGUGAGUAUAAACAUGGGAGUUUCUGGAAAAUGGAUUAAAGCACUCAUUGGUUUGAAGAAACAAGAUAAAGCACAACGUUCUGGAGAAGAUGGACAUAAGGGCAAUUCCGGAAAGUUUCGACACCGAAGAAGAAAUUCAACAGAGAUAAAUACCGACAAUUUUUUAAAUAAACUCAAUGAAGAUGGCAACAGCAGUGGAAUCCAAGAUAACACCGAGUCUCCACUUGAAGUGCAAAAUUCAUCUGAAAUGGAACAACGUAUGAGAAAAGAGUGGGCUGCUACUCACAUCCAAACUGCUUUUCGUGGUUUUUUGGCUAGGCGGGCCCUACGAGCUUUAAAAGGAUUGGUGAGGCUUCAAGCUCUUGUGAGGGGUCAUGCAGUGAGAAAACAAGCUGCAAUAACUCUUCGAUGCAUGCAAGCUUUAGUCAGAGUUCAGGCUCGUGUUAGAGCCAGACGUGUUCGUAUUGCAUUGGAAGAAGGCCAAUCAGAACAACAAAAGCUUCAACAUCAACUCCAACAUGAGGCUCAUGUUCGUGAAAUUGAGCAAGGAUGGUGUGAUAGUGUUGGAUCUGUUGAAGAAAUCCAAGCAAAGAUAAUCAAGAGACAGGAGGCUGCUGCUAAACGUGAGAGAGCCAUGGCAUAUGCUCUUGCUCACCAGUGGCAAGCAGGAUCGAGACAACAACAAGCGACGGCUGUAACUGGAUUUGAACCGGAUAAGACAAACUGGGGAUGGAACUGGUUGGAAAGAUGGAUGGCUGUUCGUCCAUGGGAGAAUCGGUUUCUUGACAUGAAUAAUACAAAUACAAGAGAAAAUGAAGUCAAGGUUCAAGAAAACAAGAAAUUAAUUGCUUUGGAUGUUCCAAAUGAUAAAUCCAGUCAUUCUCAAUCUCAAUCUCAAUCACAAUCUGAUGGAUUUGGUUCUUCUCCUGUUAAGUGUAAGCCUCCAGUUAUGGAGUCAAGAUCAAGAUCAAGAUCACACAGCAAUCCGAAAGAGAGGUCAACUACUUUGGGUAAUCAAGGAAAGAAACGUCUCUCUCUGCCAAGUAACGGGAAAACAGGGAAAGGGGUAGGGGGCUCAAACAGUAAGAACUCCCACAAGACAAAAACUUAAUUAAAUUUUACCUUUUUUCAAGCCAAAAUGGAAAUGAGUAAAAAGACGAUACUGCCCGCCAGAUGCUUGUAAAUGAAUUAUUAGGCGAGCAUGUUGUCACAAAUAAGUAACCUUAUGUCUGCUUCAGCAAUGUCAUCAUCAUUAUAGCAAGCAAUGUCUAUGUUUUAUUACUUUGAGAUCAACUUUGUUGUAUUGUUCAUGUCAUUUUGUAGGCUUUGUUUAAUCUUAUUCUGCAUGUAAGAAGGUGUGAAUGCAUAGAUAUAUUAUCGAAUAUUUUCAUUUUAUUUUA